AUGAUAAGUGCAGAUGAUUUCUACAAGGUCAUGUGUGCAAUGGUUCCUCUAUACUUUGCAAUGCUGGUUGCAUAUGCCUCGGUGAAAUGGUGGAAGAUAUUUACGCCGGAGCAGUGCUCCGGCAUCAACCGUUUCGUGGCGGUUUUCGCCGUUCCGGUGUUGUCCUUCCACUUCAUAGCUCAAAACAACCCAUAUCAAAUGGACACCAAGUUCAUACUGGCUGAUACUCUGUCAAAGGUCUUAGUGCUCGUUUUGCUAUCUUUCUGGGCCAUUUGUAAAGGAGGUUUGGACUGGUUGAUCACUCUCUUCUCAGUUUCAACUUUGCCUAACACACUGGUCAUGGGCAUUCCUUUGCUUAAGGCCAUGUAUGGUGACUUCACUCAGAGCCUCAUGGUGCAACUAGUGGUUCUCCAAUGCAUUAUCUGGUACACUUUGUUGCUAUUCCUAUUUGAAUAUAGAGCAGCCACCAUACUAAUCAAACACCAAUUUCCUGGCGCCACUGCUGCCUCCAUAACCAAAUUUGAGAUCGACGGUGACGUAAUCUCCCUAGACGGCCGGGACCCACUUUGCACGGAGUCGGAGGUCGAUGGCACCGGCCGUAUACGUGUCCGUAUCCGACGCUCCACAUCAACCGCCCCAGACUCAGCUCUGUCCUCCUCCAUCGGACUCACUCCCAGGGCAUCAAACCUCUCUAACGCCGAGAUUUUCUCCGUCAACACACCAGCUCCAUUGCAUGAAUGCCACCAUGCAAACUCUGACACUGUGUACGGAAAUGGAGAACUAGGGUUUGGGUAUCGAGCAUCGAGUCCUCGGCUUUCCGGGUACGCCUCGUCAGACGCGUACUCGCUUCAACCAACGCCACGAGCCUCGAAUUUCAACGAAUUGGACACGACCACAGUGACAACGACGAAUACGCCGGUAUGGGUCAGGUCUCCGGCGGCUGGGAAGGUUUUCCGGCAGUCGUCUCCGUCGUUUUCAGGGGUGAAAAUGGUGUGGGAAUCACCUCAAGUUGGUGGUGGGGUUGCAGAGAGACAAGGGUGCAUAGAUGUUGGAGGCAAAGAUCUUAGCUUCAGGGAUUGCGCAAAGUUCUCAACACAAGAGGAAGGAGAUUCAAAUGGCACAGCAGCCAAUCAAGAAAUGCCACAUGCUUUUGUCUUGCUAAGGCUCAUACUGAUCAUGGUUGGGAGAAAACUUUCACGUAAUCCAAACACUUAUUCUAGUGUCCUAGGCCUUCUAUGGUCUCUUGUCUCAUUUAAAUGGAAUGUGGGGAUGCCAAGUUUGGUUAAAUAUUCGAUAAAAAUAAUUUCAGAUGCAGGCCUUGGGAUGGCCAUGUUCAGUUUAGGGUUGUUCAUGGCACUUCAGCCCCGGAUAAUUGCUUGUGGCACAAAAAUGGCGACCCUGGGGAUGGUGAUCCGAUUCAUUGGUGGCCCGGCAUUAAUGUCAGCUGCAUCUGUUGCAGUUGGACUUCGAGGACGACGACUGCACACAGCCAUAGUCCAGGCAGCUCUUCCUCAAGGAAUUGUACCAUUUGUUUUUGCCAGAGAGUAUGGGUUGCAUCCUGAAAUAUUAAGUACUGGGGUCAUAUUUGGCAUGCUGGUUUCUUUACCUGUAACCCUGCUCUACUACAUAUUGUUAGGCCUAUGAAGAUAAAUUGGAGCUAGCCAUCAAAGGAGAGGACACAAAGCAUCCAAAGUAUUAUGUUCCUAUAAUGCCAUCCAAGUGGACCAUUCUUGGUCCCAUUGAUGUUGGACCUAACCAAUCUGUGGCAUGUAAUUAGCAAGAUCAAAGGGUUCCUAGGCUUUCCAAUUAGGUAAGACGCUCCGAAAAUUGACUUAGAGAGAACGGAUGCAAUUUCAAAAGGCUGAAAUAAGCUCUUGAAUUUACUGGUCUAGUACAUGCAUUAGUGGCAACCGAAAGGAAAUGGAACAUCAUGACUUAUGAUUAAGGUGGGAGACUUAGUUUUCUAGUGAGAGUGGAGAAAGUUGAUGUAACAUAGUUUGUUACGUUUGACCCAAGAAAAAGGAAGAGAAAAAAAAAGGUGGAAUCAUUCCAUUUCUGCUUUUGUGUUGUAUCAUUUUGGUUUUGGAAAAAUUUGUCACACAUUAGCUCUUGCUUUUGCCUUGUCAAAAUGUGUAUCGAUCUCAGAAUAGAC